AUGCGCUGCACCGUCACAAUCCUCGGCUUCGCGGCCGUUGCCCGCGCAACAUGGGACGGUGACUUCACCUACCCGCCGGGCAUCGACCCCCUGGGCCUCGCCAACGGCAACGCAGACUUCAGCAUCAAGACGUUUGGCCCCAUGACCGGUCCCCCCUCAGAUUGUAUCUCCGUAUGGCACCCUCCCCAUCCAGAAGUCUACAUCGACGACUGCGAUAGCGACAACGAGCACGGCUGGCACUGGGUCCACCCGGGCAAGCCAAAGUGGUGGAAUCCCGGCAAGGACAAGGGCGGCCACAAGAAGCCUAAGCACCCAAAGCCGUGCGACGAGUGCUCCGAGCAGCCGUCUCCGGAGCCCACCUACCCACCCGACGAGCCGGACCAGCCCGAGACCACCACCCCGCCGCAGUGGAAGUGGACCACCUCAACAAUCACCCAAACCGCCGUCUCCACCGUCUACAGCUGCCCGCCCAGCGUCACCGACUGCCCCGGCAACGGCGGCGGCGGCGGCGGCACCAUGUACGAGACCGUCACCGUCCCCGCCAUCAUCACCAUCUGCCCCGUCCCCGUCGAGCCCAACCCAGCACCGACCUACACGCCCGUGGCUCCCCCCACGACCACCGCGCCGCCCGCGGAGCAGCCCGCACCCAGCAACCCUUCCCCUCCCGAGACUGUGCCUCCCGUAGUCAUCCCUCCCCCCGUCUCCUCCAGUCCUCCCGAGGCUACUCCCGUGGCUCCUCCCGUGGUUCCUCCCGUUCCGUCUAGUCCCCCUCCACCUCCCUCCGCCACACCGACCAAGCCUGAAAUAGGCACCGUCACCAGGCCCAACCCGACCGCGACCACAAGCCGCGCCGUCGUUACCGCCGGUGCUGUCCAGAACGUGCAGCGCGCAGGUGGUGUGGUCGUGGCCGUGGUGGCCGCCGCUGCCGCUUUCAUCUAA